UCGAUUAUUUGCGUGCACAUCACUAGCAUUACACCGCUUUUAGCUAAACAGAAGUAAACAAAAUGACAAUUUUGUACAAAGUUGAAAGCCGGCGUGAAUUUGGUAAUGGCAAGGACAGCAGCGUCUUCCCGCACAAGGUCGUGCUAUGCGCCGUAUCUGCGCGCAACAUAAUUGCAUUCAGCGCACUCCAAAGCCUCUCCAGUCACGUCUAUGUGUGCGACAUUGUGACACCCUGGCAGUACUACAAGGUGUGCACCUCAAAAUCGCUGAUCAAUGUUUUGGAGUGGAAUGCCAGCGGUGAGCAGCUGAUGCUGGGCUACAUUGGCGGCCGUGUGGAAAUCUGGCAGCCUAAGGAGCAGGCGCUUAACGUCUGGCAGCUGCAUUACCAUGCCAACAUACCCAGCGAAGACAUCAUCCAAGCGAAGUUCUUUCACAACGGCAAAGGCGUUGCCUUCAAUACACAGAAAAAGGAUCAUACCUACUAUGCCGAGAAAUUUGAGAGACUCGAACAGCGACCCACGUUAACUGGCUUUGGCGGCGUUGCCACCGAAGGUUGCAUACUGCUUAGCUCCUCCGGCCUGUUGGCCGCCUUCACGCUGCCCCAGCUGCAUAAGCUGGCGCCCAACAGCAACAGCGGCGUGGUACCAGAGCCGCCGCUCAGCGGCGUCAGUAACGAACAAAUCGAGCUGACGCCAGCCACGCACAGCAUUGGCAUCUCGCGCAGCUACAUUGAGCACAGCAGCAUUGUGCCCAGCGCCAGUGGAGCUCUCAACAUAGCCUACAGCAUUGGCUGGCAACAGCAUCAGCAGCUGGUGCACUGCUUUAAGGUCUCAUUGCAGCUGGAGGGUGAACGCAUUGCCAUCAAGUCCGAGUCGCUGGCCAGCAUAUUUUUGAACACCACGCCCUCGCCAAUGGAGAGCAGGCGCAUCACACAGCUACUAUGGACGCGCGUGGCCAACGAGGAUGUCAUAUACGUGGUCUUUGGCUGGACGCUUUGCACACUCGGCAGUGCGGCUAGGGGCAGUGCUUCCAUGGUGGCCUGGCGGGAUAAAUUAGUGCUGUUUGGCGGCUGGCGUUAUCCCUCGUUACAUCCACCGUAUCAACCGUGGUGCCUGUUCGAUGAGCUGCACUACUAUGAUCUGCCCAAAGACCGCUGGCUGGCGCGCAACUCACUUCCAUGCCCGCCACCCAUGGCAGGUCAUUCGGCCAGUGUGCAUGGGAAUAGCAUGAUUGUGUUUGGCGGCUAUCAGAUAAAGGAUGACGUCAAUGUCAACUCCAAUGAUACCUGGGUGCUGGAUCUGGAUGAGCAGCGAUGGUGGCAGCCCAUCUUUGUAGGCAACACGCGACCUGCGCCGCGUUACGGUCAAAUUCAGGUGGAACUCGAUAAGCAGCAUCUACUCAUCGUUGGCGGUUGCGGCGGCGCCAAUCGGGUUUACACAGAUGCCUGGCUGCUGGAUAUGACGCGUGAUGCCUGGUGCUGGAAGCAGCUGAACGUACGCAAUAAACACUUUGGCGCCGUCCACAUGUGGUGCAAUCCUGGCUGCAGGGUUAAUAACUAUUUGGUUGUGGUGGGCCCCUCGCCCAAAAUGCCCCUUGACUUUCAAAUAAUGAAGCAGAGCCGUGUGCCAGCUGUGGGCGGCAACGCAUUACGUUUUGCUGGGCUAGGCCAGGUGCCGGCACCGCCACCGCCGUUCUACCAACAACAACAGCAGCAGCCCGGACAGCGUGUACCACUGCCGGAGCGGAGACCAGGCGCUAUGCUGCCUGAACAACAUCAGCGUGGCAACAAUGGACGUUUCGGUGCUGCCGCCGCCUUGCCGCCACAGGAGCAGUAUUUGGCCAACAGGCGGGCCAUACUGGACCAGAACAUGCAACAGGCGCAGCAAUUUAUGCAUAACAACAAUGUCAACAAUAACAACAACAGCUACCAGCCGCGCUCUGGACGUCUUAGUGAUUUGCAUUCACCGCCUGCAGCCGCGCCCGCUGCAGUGCCAGGUGGAGCACCUGCUGCAACUGAUGGCGAUGCAGAUGCGGCACAGAGAUUACAACGCAAUCUGGCGCUGCGCUGUCGUGACAACGAGCCGCUGCUGCCCAAGCGUUUUGACGAACACUACGAGGACCCCUUUCGCAUGGCCGCAUUCAAUGUACCCGGACGUUCACGCAGUGCUUCGCGCGAUCAUAGCGAACGUAUACGUCGCAUGGAGGAGAAAAUGAAUGCUAUACGCAACUCGCGACGCAGUGCACCCGCCCAUGUGGAGCCGCAAACAUUACGAGCGCCCUCUCCGAAGCGUGUCCGAUGUAAUGUUCAGUCGCUGUUCGUUUGCGACAUCUCUAGCUUGCUGCAGCGUGAUGCGAACAGUGAGCCUGGCCUAGAUUGGGUGGAGUACAAGAAUUUUGGUGUUUUGAGCGGCGCACCCGAUCGCCUCAUACUGUCCAGCCUGAUAGCGGGCAACGGGGAGCUGAUAUUAUUUGGAGGCGUGCAUAAGGAGACGCUAACGGACAUCACGCACCAUGUGUCCAAUUCCAUACACUUUCUUAGUAUGAGCGCCGCCGCUGCUUUGGAAUUGGCCGUGGCCCAUCGCAAGGAACAGGCCAAUGUGGGCACCUUGCUGGGCCGGCGGUACGCGGAGCUGUUGCAUGCCGAGAAACACACGGACUGCGUGUUCCAUGUGUGCGAGCAGCAGCUGAAGGGACACAAGCUGAUAUUGAGCGCUGCCAGUCCGGUCUUUGAGGCCAUGUUCUAUGGACCGCUGCAGGAGCUGGAGUCAGAAAUAGAGAUACAUGAUAUUAGUGCGCCCAUCUUUAAAGUAUUGCUGGAGUAUAUUUACACGGGCAGCGUGGACUACGAGGGCAUGCAGCUGGAGGCCGCCAUUGAGUUGUACUACGCCGCCGAGAAGUAUCUGCUGGAUCAGCUGAUAUCGGACGCACUGCUGGCCAUAACUCGCAAAUUGCGCUUCUCCAAUGUCCUGCCAGCGCUGGAGCUAAGCGUGUGCAUGGGCCUGGACAGUUUGCUAGAUGUGUGUAUGUCGUUCUUUAUGCGCUGCUGCGUCAACAAUGAUCAGUACAUGAGCUAUCUGAAGAUGCACUAUGUGCACGUGUCCAAAGAGUGCGUCAAGUCCAUCAUAGCCGCUUGCAAGGAGCCGCACAAGCUGCUCAUCUGGUAUAUCUACGAAUGGAGCCAGCGGGAGUGCGAUGAUGCUGAGCUGGGUGAUGCCACCAACAGCUGGCAGGUGACGGCGGCUCCAGCGGAUACAAUAAAUCCUGCUCCCACACCUGCCACGCUCGUCGAACGCUGCUACUACAAGGCCUGCCGUCCAUUUACCGUGGACGCCGAGUCGCAUGUGUGGCGGCUGGGCUUGAAGUGCUCGCGUUUUAUUUCAGUGCUGGGCUUGGUGCUCAACAGCCGCCUGGCGCCAAAUCUUACAUGCAACAUUGGCCAUGUGCCGCAAGAGUAUCGCGAAUCGUUGCGCAUUGAUCUGUAUCCAGAUGGCGGGGAGCCCGUGUGGACGCACCUUAUCCAAAAUCAGACAACAAAAUACAAUUGUGAUUUGCAUCUGAGCUGGAGCCGCGAGCAGGCCUGCGUGCUGACGCCCGAGGUGCACUACGUGCUGCAACUGCGCUGGGAGAGCAGCGCCUACGGCGCCGAGUAUCCAUGCAGCUUGCAGUCCUGCCUGGCCGAUGGCAUUCAGUUCAUCGACGGCGACAGCUUCAGCGGCUGUCUGCUGAAGGGACUGCGCUAUACAGAAGUAAACAAAAUGACAAUUUUGUACAAAGUUGAAAGCCGGCGUGAAUUUGGUAAUGGCAAGGACAGCAGCGUCUUCCCGCACAAGGUCGUGCUAUGCGCCGUAUCUGCGCGCAACAUAAUUGCAUUCAGCGCACUCCAAAGCCUCUCCAGUCACGUCUAUGUGUGCGACAUUGUGACACCCUGGCAGUACUACAAGGUGUGCACCUCAAAAUCGCUGAUCAAUGUUUUGGAGUGGAAUGCCAGCGGUGAGCAGCUGAUGCUGGGCUACAUUGGCGGCCGUGUGGAAAUCUGGCAGCCUAAGGAGCAGGCGCUUAACGUCUGGCAGCUGCAUUACCAUGCCAACAUACCCAGCGAAGACAUCAUCCAAGCGAAGUUCUUUCACAACGGCAAAGGCGUUGCCUUCAAUACACAGAAAAAGGAUCAUACCUACUAUGCCGAGAAAUUUGAGAGACUCGAACAGCGACCCACGUUAACUGGCUUUGGCGGCGUUGCCACCGAAGGUUGCAUACUGCUUAGCUCCUCCGGCCUGUUGGCCGCCUUCACGCUGCCCCAGCUGCAUAAGCUGGCGCCCAACAGCAACAGCGGCGUGGUACCAGAGCCGCCGCUCAGCGGCGUCAGUAACGAACAAAUCGAGCUGACGCCAGCCACGCACAGCAUUGGCAUCUCGCGCAGCUACAUUGAGCACAGCAGCAUUGUGCCCAGCGCCAGUGGAGCUCUCAACAUAGCCUACAGCAUUGGCUGGCAACAGCAUCAGCAGCUGGUGCACUGCUUUAAGGUCUCAUUGCAGCUGGAGGGUGAACGCAUUGCCAUCAAGUCCGAGUCGCUGGCCAGCAUAUUUUUGAACACCACGCCCUCGCCAAUGGAGAGCAGGCGCAUCACACAGCUACUAUGGACGCGCGUGGCCAACGAGGAUGUCAUAUACGUGGUCUUUGGCUGUGCCGAUAGCGCCAGUUUGCUGGAGCAAUGGACGUUAACGCGACGCCAUCAGAGUGUGCACGCGCUGCUCCAGCAGUCGUCAGCCGCGACAGCUAACAAUAGCAAACCCGUUGAUUAUGUGCCAAGCGAGAGCUGGGAACAGGUGGCCAAGCUGCAAUUGAACGCACAAAUCUCGCAACUUUGCAGCUCGCGGCUCAAUGCCGCAGACUGUGAGCAGCUGUAUGCCAUACUCCAAGAUAACAGCGUACAGGUGCUGGAGCCGGGCACGUUGAAGCAGCUGAAUCACACACAGUUUGAACGGGAUGCGGAGGCGAGAUUCGUGUGCGCCGACCUUACGCCCACCAGCCAGAUGUUGCUCAUCUUCGACAGCCACGCCCAACUGCAUGCAAUGCAAACGCCCAUGCUGAAGCAAAAUGCGAGCACCAUGCAGCUGCUGCUGCUGCUGCUCGAGUACUGCAUUGUGACCGGAGUGGACGCUAGCGAUGUGCUGCUGCUCAAUUUGGGCAACCUGGAGGCGCUGGUGGAGAAGCUGACGGACAAUUUUACACGACAGCCAUCAUAUGUGCGUCAGUUCUACUAUGCCAACUUUUUGGCGCUGAAAAGCAAUCUGUGCCGUGCGCAACAGCAGGAAUUCGAUAAUCUCAUCAUACUGCACGCCAUUUCGAGCACAUUUAAGAGCCUAUUGCGACCCUCGGAUUUGGGCUGCCAGGACAAGGGACCGGCGGAUAAUUUGGCCAUGAAAUUGGCCGAAUCGGUGCCGGACGUGGACACAGUGUUGCUCAAUCUAGAUCCUAAGGACUUUACCGUGGAGCCCAUGAUGCUGCAGAGCCUGCAACAGCUGAUCCAAUGGGUCACUGAUCUGGCACUCAACAUGCUCAAUCGUCUGCCCGAGGAGGUCAUGAAGAGCAAGCUGUCCGGCAAGCGUGCCAGCUACGAUAUCAGUCGCGACAUUGUGGCCAUUGGCAGUCUGCGCGAGUUGCUCGUCAUGAUUCGCAUUUGGGGACUACUCAAUCCGCAGUGCCUGCCUGUCUAUACCAAGACCAUGGACAACAUCGAUGUGCUGGCCAUACUGUUCAGACUGCUCACGCGGCUGGCACAAAAUGCCGCCGAGCCGGACGAGCUGUUGCUGGACGAGUGCAGUCUGCUGUCCAAGCAGCUGCUCAUACCACAGCCGUCCAAAUACAAUCCGACAACGCUGCUGAGCGCCCAGGGCUAUGCGGCUGUCAAAUCUGGUCAGCUAACGUUCACCUCGCUGGUGGAGCCAGUCGGACUGCAGGACAUUGAAAUGGAGCAGGUUGUCUUUGCCAAUUGCGUCAAGGAUGGCGUUAGUAAUCUCCAACUGGGCGCCAAUCCCAGCACCAUAAGACGCUGUGCCCGCUGCGGUUUCGUUAACAGCGCCAACAAAGUGGCCAAAACGUCCGCACUGAAAGCCUGGUGCAACAAGUGGUUGCAUUGCCACUGUGGCGGCUUUUGGAAGCAAAUUAAUUAGUAUUCAAAUAAGAAUUAAAGAGCUCUAGGAUUUAUAUUAAUAAAAAAUUAAAUAAGGGUUAAAUAGAUUUUUCUAAGUAGAUGUACAUAAACACUGAAAA